AUGGACGAAACGGAUACAAUAGAUAAUGGCUUCCGUGCAACGAUCAUACAGCAACUUGAGCAUCGAAAUGUUGUGUGCAGACAGUUCGAUUCUUUGUUCACCUCUUAUUGCGAGCUAACAGAGUAUGUGGCAAAUAUGGCACGUAGCGGACGUAUGCGUCAUGGUUCUAGUACUUCGUUAGCAGGAAGCUCGGAUCGUACGAUGGAACUGGAAGCUGAGCUUGCAGAUCUUUACCGUAAAAAGGAGCAAAAUGACCAGCAAUUGAUUGAAACAAACAACCGCUUGAGUGUUGUUACGCGAGAGCUAAGCGCAAUUAAUAUUGUGAAAGAAGAGUGCCAAAAGGAGAAUCAGAAACUGAAGAAAAAACUGAAAGAAAAAGAAGAGGAAUUAACUGCACUAGAAGAGGCAAACACUUUGCUAAAGGAUGAACAUUUUGCUCUACAGGCAAGUUAUGACAGCAUUGAAAACAAAUAUCGAGAAGCACAAGAGGAAAGAAAUAAUUUGGUUGAACGAAUAAAGGAUCUCAAAGAGAAAGAAGUCCAAUGGAUUAAUGAACAAAAUGAACGAGAGCAAGAAGAACGUCGUCGUCGUUUAGCAGCAGAUAUUGAAUCUGCACUAAAUAUGUCACACAACAAUGAGGACAAAACAUACGGGUUUGAAAUUAUUAACAGUACAAAUCAGGUCGUUGGUGACAUUAUUCCUAGUCAAUGUAAAGCUAAACUGGAUUAUGGCGAUGAUGUUAACGAUAUUCUUUGGCAUCCUAACGGCAAAAUAUUUGCGGGAGGUGGUGGCGAUCACAAACUUCGUUUGUACAAAGUAGUAGACGACAAGUUUGAAAAAAUUGUUUCUUUGGCCGGCUCCAAUGAAUCAAUACUGCGGAUAGACUUCGCAGCCCAAACCAGCAAAGUUCUUGGAGCUGGCAAUGAUAAUGCCGUUCGUAUUUGGGGAACAGAUGAUCAUGUGGUUAAGCACUCGCUAACAGGACAUGGAAAUAAGGUGUCGUCCGCUAAAUUCUUUCAAGAUGGUUUACAGGUUGUGUCUGGAUCUUACGAUAGGACUUUUAAACUAUGGGACUUGAGAACUGCCAAGUGUUUGAGAACAUAUUUUACUAAUUCAGUGGUAUAUGACAUAAUUUCGAGUGAUAGGACUAAAAUGGUAGCAAGUAGUCAUUAUGAUCGUAAGGUGCGAUUCUGGGAUACAAAACUUAAUGAACCGGUUCGUGUAGUCGAAUUCGCCAAUAAAGUCACAUCACUGGUUUUGUCCGUUGACUCUUCCGUUAUGCUUGCAUCAGCACGUGACGAAACAAUAUCAUUGAUCGAUCUACGUUCCUAUCAAAUUGUUCAUAUAUACAGUGCUGAUCAGUAUCGAACGGGAAGCGAUCACAUCCGUUGUACGAUAAGCCCUGGAAUGGAAUAUAUUGCAUCUGGGUCAAGUGAUGGAGCCAUUUUUAUUUGGAAUCUAAAAACAACCAAGCUUGAAAAAACCCUUCAAAAGGGUGGACAUGAACGAGGUGUUCAUUCAGUUUCGUGGCAUCCUAAAGGAAAUAUGCUACUUAGUGCAGGAAAGGAAAAAACUGUUUGCUUAUGGACGAUUUGA